AUGAACGCGACCUUCCUGAACCACAGCGGCCUGGAGACAGCGGGUGGCUUGGGCGGCGGCGGCGGCGGGGCUGCGCUGGGGAACCGCAGCCACGGGCUGGGCACGUGGCUGGGCUGCUGCCCUGGGGGCGCGCCGCUGUCCGCCAGCGACGGGGUCCCCGCGGGGCUGGCGCCGGACGAGCGCAGCCUGUGGGUGUCGCGCGUGGCGCAGAUCGCCGUGCUCUGCGUGCUGUCGCUCACCGUGCUCUUCGGCGUCUUCUUCCUGGGCUGCAACCUGCUCAUCAAGUCCGAGAGCAUGAUUAACUUUCUGAUGCAGGAGCGCCGGCCUUCCAAGGACGUGGGCGCUGCCAUCCUGGGGCUGUACUGAGCGCCGCCUCUGCCCGCCCUCGUCAGCGCGGCUGGAAGAAGACCGAGGAGAGCCCAGGACCCUAGAUCCGCCUUCCGGAGCUCUGCCGCCGCCUCCGGGAGGGCAGCUCGAGGGCCUCCCCCCACCCGCAAAGCGCCACGGGGCGCCCGCCCCCAGGACACUGCAGGACUCCAGGCGGCGGCGCGGGAAGGGACUUCCACACCAGACUGCGUGCUGUCCAGCCUUGGUGGGCGGGAUGGGGGUUCUUAAACUGGUGUUUUUUUUGUUUUUUUUAAAGUUCUGGGCAGGGUGGUGGGAGAGGCUGUAGGAAGCAUCUUGGGGCUGAGGUCACUCGCGUGGGAAUUUUGUGUGUAUGUAGGUGGGGUGGAGUGGGGACCAGUUCCGACCAGCAUGGCGAGGUGGGGGGGAGUGCAGUUGUGGAUGAAUCUGAGUCACUGAGCUUGUUGGGCUUGUUGGCCUGAUUUCGAAUUUGAGAAUCUUUUAAUAAAGCUACAGCCGUCGGGGGCUUCCUCUGUG